AAUGAGGAGACCACGCUACGCCGCCUCUUUGGAUGUCCGUCCAGACCAGCAGCAGUUCUUCAGUGGACAGUCAGUGUCUCUGCAAUGUGUUGAGGAUGAACAGACAGCGUUUGGAUGGACGGUUAGGAGGAACAGAGUAGGCCAGAUGGAGGAGUGUGGAGUCACUGAAAACUUCGGGGUCUUGAAAGAGUCCUCUUGUGUUCUUGAUCUCUUGUCUUCGUACUCUGGAUUUUACUGGUGUCAAACCAGAUCUGGAAGGAGGAGCGACCGGGUCAACAUCACUGUGACUCUAAGAGAAGACAGCGCCAUUGUUCUGGACAUCCCUGCACUUCCUUUGAAGACAGGAAGUGAUGUCACUCUGCGUUGCAUACACAGAGAUGGUCUCGCCUGCACAGCUUAUUUCUACAAAAACGGUGAACUUGUCAGUAAGAAGAAAAUUCCAGAAGUCAUCCUACAUGACGUCCAGCAGUCCGACGAGGGUCUCUAUUGGUGCGCUUCCGAUAAGUUUGGAUCAUCUCCUCGUAGCUUUCUGAGGGUCACAGGAUCUCCUCUUCAUCACAACAUCACAGUAUCCAGUCCUCCUCCAGACUCUUCUUUUGCUCCCCCAAACUCUACUUCUCCUCCCCCUUCCUCCAUGUCUGUGCUGCAUCUCCUCCGCCACCUGCUGGUCAUCUGUCCGUACUGCAUCUGCAGCAUGCUGCUGGUGUCCAUGUGCUUCAGGAGGAACCCGGGGAACAAGUUUAGAGUCUCCAUGGAAACCAGCCAGCCUGUUGGAGAUUAUGUUGGCAUUUCUACCGAUGUCACCACCGAGCAUGACUUCUGAUGAAGACUGGUCCACUGUGGGAUGUUUUGUUAGUGACGUGGCUUCAACCCUGCAGCAACAAAUGCUUCAGCUGUUUCUAUUUUCAUCAUGUGAGAAGUCAA